GAGGAGCUUUGUGUACCUCUCCCAGACAGGUCAGCUCUCUCUCUCUCUCUCUCUCUCUCUCUCUCUCUCUCACAGCCUUCCUUCUUUCCUUCUUUCUUUCAUUCUGGGUGCACAGAGCUCCUUUGCAAGCCGUAUAUGAUGCUAUCACUACUGUGCUGUGCUCUGCUGCUUUGUCUGAGUCAGGUCACUGAUAGCAGGCAGAAGCAGCGAGAAGGGACGGGCCUGGCAGAGAGGAGGCAGUUCUGUAGCUGGCCGUGUAAAUGUGGCGUCCGGCCGCCAUGCGCCCCCGGUGUCAGCUCCAUCUUGGAUGGCUGUGGCUGCUGCAAAACCUGUGCACGGCAGAUUGGUGAAUCAUGCAAUGAAAGGGAUAUCUGUGACCCUCAUAAAAGCAUGUACUGUGACUUUUCCAAAGAUCAGCCGCGUUAUGAGGUUGGCAUCUGUGCCUACAUGAUGGGGGUUGGUUGUGACCUGAAUGGGGCUCACUAUGAUAACGGACAGGCCUUCCAGCCCAACCCUCUCUACAAAUGCACUUGCAUCUCUGGAGCCAUCGGCUGUACCCCUGCCUUCAUCCAAAAGCCAGCAGGAAUGUUGAGUCCUGCUGUGCUCCAGGGCAACUUGCCAGCAGGCCUCAAGAGCAACCAAAGCCCUAAACACCAACAGGACACCACCUACAGGACCAUGUCAGCUUACAGGGAUCCUCCCUUAGCCUGGAAGAAGAACUGUUUGGUCCAGACCACACCCUGGUCACCCUGUUCGCGCACCUGCGGCAUCGGCAUCUCUGUAAGAGUCAACAAUGACAACAGCAAGUGUGAGAUGAGAAAAGAGCGCCGACUCUGUCUGCUUCGACCAUGUGACAAAAAUGCUCUAAAGGGACUGAAGAUGCCAAAAGGGAAAACCUGCAGACCAAAAUUCCAGGCCAGUAAAGCAGAGAAGCUCUCACUGUCUGGAUGUACCAGCGUUAAGAAGCAUCGCCCGACGUACUGCGGCAUCUGCAUGGACAAGCGCUGCUGUGUUCCUAAUAAGUCCAAAAUGGUGAACAUAGAGUUCCACUGCAAAGGAGGAUCUAACGUACGCUGGAAGAUGCAGUGGAUCACUUCUUGUGUGUGUCAGAGGAAAUGUAACGAUGCCGGCGACAUGUUCUCAGAGUUGCACUUAAUUUAAAACAGACAAAAAGGAAGUACAAAAUGCUUAUUACUUUUACUUAAAGUAAACUACAGCAUAUGUACAGUUAUGGCCAGAAAUACUCUAUGCAAUUAUGUAAACAAAGACACAAGUAAAUGUCAACAAUCCUGUUGUAAAUGUGUUCAUGCUCUUUUGUGGUGGUAAUAAACCUCAGUACCUCACAGUUA